AUUUAUCAAAUAUUUAAUAAUUGUGAUUGUGCAACGUAAAGUGGUGUAAGUGAAGCAGUGCACAAAGGUGGUGUACAAAAUAUUAUUCUUUGUGCACAUCUCCUUAGACUUUAUCCAUUCAGUUCAGAACUUGGACUUUCUAGCACAAAAAAUAUAUGGCUUUUGGCCAUUUUGCCAACAAUUCCCUAUGAAUUGCUAGAUUUCUCUUAGGAAGGCCAAGGAUCGAUUAGCGCAACAUGAAGCGUUCACUUAGUUGCAUAAUGGCAAUAGACAAGUAUAAGCCUGCUAUUGCAAUGCUGUUUGUACAGUUCAUCUAUGCCGGCAUGGCCUUGUUCUCCAAGACAGCCAUGGCUAAAGGAAUGAACCCUUAUGUGUUUGUUGCGUACCGCCAAGCUUUCGGGACACUUACCCUAGCUCCAUUUGCUUUCUUCAUCGAAAGUAAGAAGGCCGCUCCAAUAUCACCCAGCUUACUCUGCAAGAUUUUCUUGGUUUCUUUAUUUGGGGUUACCCUGACUUUAAAUCUCUACUAUUAUGCAAUGAACUAUACCACGGCAACAUUUGCUGCUGCCACCACCAACACAGUCCUUGUCGUUACAUUCGUGAUGGCUUUUUUCUUACGAAUGGAAAGAAUUUCAAUAAAGCAGUGGCAUGGAGUGGUCAAGGUAUUGGGUUCAGUACUUGGUGUUUCUGGGGCUUUGGUGUUUGCAUUUGUUAAGGGACCUCCUCUACAGUUCAUGAACUGGUAUGUGGAAAACAAAAAGGAAAUUCCAGGCCCAUCUAUGAAGGCUACUUCCAACAGGGGCAGGAUAAAGGGUUCUCUUGUCAUGCUUUCUGCCAACACUGCAUGGUCUUUGUGAUGCAGGUUCCUAUUGUCAAGCAGUAUCCAGUGAAGCUGCGUCUUACAACUCUACAGUGUUUCUUUAGCUGCAUUCAAUCAGCUGUUUGGGCCAUGGUGGUCGACGGGAACAUAUCAUCAUGGAAGCUAGGAUGGGAUCUCAAUUUUCUUUCUGUGGCUUAUUGUG